UUGAUUAUCCUUUAUAAGGAAAAAUGUUUGUCCCAGCUUCUCAACUCUGUCACAUUCCCCUGUCCUGCAAAGUUGUGUGAUGAUUUGUCUUAGAAGUUUUUGAAAUGAUCUUCAGUGGUAAGCUGCAAUGACAACCUGUUGGAGGAGUGGUGGGAAACAUUUUGGCCAACAUAUUGCUCAGUUGCUGGAGCAAAUGGACAAUCUUCUGGACAGGUCUCAGUUAAUCAACUCUAAAUCUUUCUCGUUAUUACUUCAUUGUUAUGUAAUGUAUAUCUAAGAUUUGAUUGCAUGAGUAAAAAGGCGUCAAUGGUAAAUGCUCCGGAGCAGUUGGCCUCUCAAGUACCUUUCAUGGGAGCUGAAUGGUUUGACCCAAGUCAACCACUGUUUCAUGCUCAGCACAUGCAUGACACAAUGCCCCCUUCAAACACUCCGAGCCACCAACAGAUAGCUGGAGCAAAUGGACAAUCUUCUGGACAGCCGUCAAUGGUAAAUGCUCCGGGGCAGUUGGCCUCUCAGGUACCUAUGUCGGGAGCUGAAUGGUUUCACCCAUGUCAACCACUGUUUCAUGCUGAUCAAAUGUAUUACACAAUGCCCCCUUCAAACACUCUGAGCCACCAACAGAUAGCUGGAGCACAUGGACAAUCUUCUGGACAGUCGUCAAUGGUAAAUGCUCCGGGGCAGUUGGCCUCUCAGGUACCUAUGUUGGGAGCUGAAUGGUUUCACCCAAGUCAACCACUGUUUCUUGCUGAUCACAUGCAUUACACAAUGCCCCCUUCAAACACUCUGAGCCAGCAACAGAUACCAGUACUGGCUACGGAAGCUCCUUUUCAGGUUACCAAGGAUCCUAAGAAUGAUGGUCUAGGAAUGUGUGCCUUGCAGUACGGUACCGGCUGGCCAGCUGCCCAAGCACGCGGGGAAGGGCCUCUCGGAUUUGUUCCAUUACAGUUUCCUAUGACUCUAUCAAUACCGGUGCCACCUGUCAUCGAUUCUAGCCACCUGCAGAUGGCAUAUACUGUUCAGCCUCCUCCGCAAGUUGCCAUGGUGAAUUCUACUUAUCCUGGAUGGCAGGAGUCGACAGAUACACCAGCAGCACCUUCUCCGGGUGAAGCCAACUGGAAGGACAAAAGGCCACUGACAGGAGGGCAAAUGGCAGUACCUGGACCUGAUCUUGCUCCAUACGAGUCUGGUGUAUCAGCUUCAUCUGUACCAUUGACGCAUCAGGCAGCGCAAAUGCAUAGAGCGGGUUCUCAUCCGCCGGCUGAUCAAUCUUCCAAAGAAGUACAACAAGAAGCCAGUGGAAGUUUGCCAAAGAAAAAACGUGGACGCCCCCCAAAACCAUCAAAAGGAAAGGGAACUGCUAAAUAGCUAACAUGUAUUAGCUAUUAAAAUUGGAGAUGACAGGAGCUACACCCUACUGAGGACUACGAGAUAAGCCAUAUUAAUGUGCAAUUAUGUUCUCAUUAAGAUUGUGUUUGGUAUUAUUCUUCGUCUGUUAUAGGGGCAAACCCACUGGAUUUUGGUUUUGCUUUUAAUUCAUCUUGUGGGAUGUUUAUUCUGAUAUUGUCAAAUUAUGGGAUUAUUUCUUUUUAUUUUUUGAACAAUGUCUGGUAUCUGCAUAUGUUAUGGAAAUUUUAUGGCA